AUGGACAUUUGGGACCUUCGAAACUGGGAACUAGUUGCCCUAACGGACACCAAAUUGGGCACGUCCAACACCCUGGGCACCCACAACCGGACCCGACCCAAUUGGACCAUUCUUAGCCGCGGUCGCGUAGCACUGGCCCUCAACGAACGCUGGUCCGAAGCAUGGCAGCAUAGCAACCUCCCCAUCCACACAGACGGAAACGGCCAACAAUGCCGGAUGAUGCUUGUCCACAUACCAUGCUUUCAACGGCUAGGACUCGCUAUCAUCAUCACCUACGCCCCCAGCAGCAACGCCUCACCUGAAGAUCAUACCACUUAUUACACCAACUUGGAAGCCCUCAUCGCCAAAGUACGCCCGCGAUUUACCCUCCUUAUCGCGGGGGAUUUCAACGCAGAAGUUGGUACCCGAUCCCCUGAAACAGGAAACGCCCUCGGCCCACAUGGCCCCAGUCAUCGCACCAACCGAGGCCUUCACCUGUGCCAAUUCUGCAAUGAACAUGGCCUAGCCGUCGCCAACACAUGGACGCCACAACGCACCAAGGCCACCUGGAGGACAGCGCACUUAGAAGAAUGGACGCCCUACACGGAUCACAACCCAGUGGAGAUGACCAUCAAAUUGGCCCCGCCAAAAGGCAUCUUUGGACAUCGUAAACUACCCCCCCGCCCCGCAACGUACAAGGGCCGUGGUAAAUCUCAACAGGCAAUCGCGCUACGUAUGCAAUAUCAUCAUGCCAUCACCAACAAACUCCAAACCAACACCCCCUGCCAAACAUGGGAUGAAAUCGCAUCCUUGCUUACAACAACGUCCGCAGAGGUCUUCGGAUUCACUGAAGCUCAGGGGGGUAAACCCUGGUUCGCGGGACGCCAAACUGAGAUCAAGCGUCUCAACUCACAAGUCUCCACUGCCAAACACAACCUCAUCGUUUGCACCCAAGUUGCACGUGACCAGCCACACAACCCCGAAGCACAACACCAACUACACAUCGCCAAACAGUCACUCCAUACCGCCAAACGCGUAAAACGACGACUCUUCACACAAUGGGAACGUGAUUAUUGGCACACAAUCGGACAACAAGCUGAAGAUGCCGAAACACGCGGCGAUACCUAUGCCCUUUACUCCCUCUUCUCUAAACUUAAGGUCCGCAAGGCCAAUAGCACCCGCAGUUCCCUACGCACUGUCAGCCGUAACCCUUUUGCAGAAGCUGAAUCAUGGAAGGAUCAUUUUAGUAAAAUACAAAACGGUGCAGUCCCCGUGGCCGACCGCGUCUGGGACAGCGAACAACAAGGCUUCCGCCGAAAUCGGGGGGUCGACGAUGUACUGCAAGUGAGUCGGCGUAUCGCCGAAGAAAUCUGCAGCUCGCGCGGCACUGACAACGUGAAACUAACCCUGUACGAUAUCGAGAAAGCGUACCCCCGCAUAAAUCGUGAAGCGCUAUGGUCCCUUCUACAAAAGCGAGGAGCCCCCUCACCCUUCCUGCAGGUCUGUAAGGCCCUACACAAUCAUACACAGUUCCAUAUAAAGCUGGACGGCGUACUGUCUCAUAACUACGAGGCGGACCGUGGCCUCAAAGAGGGCUGUCCGUCCUCUCCUCCACUUUUCAACCUUUACCAUCAAGCAGUUCUACACGACUUUCGCGCACGACGCAAACGAUCCGCCACAGCAGCCGGACUUACCCCCGGUAUACAAUGGAAAAUUUUCGUUGAUGGCAAACUUACCCGACGCCGCAGAGCAUACCAAGCCCAGACAAACAGCAAAGUUCACCUCUUCGGAGAUCUCGAAUUUGCCGAUGACACCGCCACCAUUGCAACCGAAGCCGAAUUCCCCGCCGCCGACCGCUUACUCGAACAAACUUUCACCGAUUGGGGCGAGAAACUCAACCGCACAAAAACCGAAACUCUUCUCCUCAAACCAGGCACCCCUCCUGACCAACGCCGGGACCCCCCCCAGGCCCACACCUUCGUCCGUCAUGUAGGAGGCAUCUUGUCCGACACCGGCGCUCAAUGGCGAGACACUCUACAUCGAUGCAUGCAGGCCCGACGUCGAGCCAAGGAAAUCGCAAAGGCAUGGUCCACGAGCACACACCGGGGACGAGGGGACACCAGCCGCGUUAAACUCCUGGCCCGUUUGCGCGUAAUGCGUAGCGUAAUCCAGCCUACUCUCACCUCCUUCGGCCGCCCCCGCCCCUGGACGAGGGCUCAAAUUGGGGCCCUGCAGACCGCGCAAAACUACGCCCUACAACGCGUGUUCGGACUCGACAGACUGGCCCUACACGAACUUCACAUCACAAACGAACAGCUCCACAAUGCCGCACUCUGGCCCCCCAUCCGCACCGUGCUGAUGAGGCAAACCCUCCGUUGGCUCGGCCACGUUUGCCGCAUGCAAAUUCACCGACUCCCUAAACUGGCCCUUUUUGGAACUUGGAUCCAAAACACCUCGAGUCCUAUUCGCUCUCAUAACCAUCUCAUCUGGAUCCACACCACACUCACUGAGGCGAACAUACACCCUAUGGACUUCUUUCGCUUAGCACAAAACACGGACGUCACCAAAUGGGAACAGCUAAUCAAACGCGCAUUCCCCCAACCUCGCCUUACCCCCGCUGCCGCCCGCACGCUCAACCACUGGCGCAGCGGCCGCCCCCUCCCAGACCACCGUCACCUACGCUUUCGUCAAACCCGGAAUACGUGGCAUACCCCGGCGAGCAGAGUGCCCGCAAAUGCCUGCCCCGUAUGCCUCGAGCAAUUCCCGACGCUACAGGCACUUCAACACCACUACCGACUCACCCACGCCAUCACGGAUCCCGCCCUCACCACCUUCUCCAGCUACCAAUGCAGCGAAUGCCGCAAAACCUUCACCACACCCCAUGCACGCCUCAAUCAUGAAUGCAGAAUACUAUACGCUAUCCCAGAUGCAGACGACACGGACUUAUUCGCAUGGAAACUCUACACGGAUGGCUCUUUCAACCCCCACGUCCCGCAAAACGCUGGCUGGGGAGUGGCCGUCUACCGUGGCGACGACCCCGCCGACGCCCAUUGCCUCUGCGAACUGUACGCCCCUGUCUGCCUCGACAGAGAGGAUCAACGCUUUCUAGGAGCCGAGCAGGCCAGCAACAACACAGGGGAACUCAGCGCUAUCGCUGAGGCCCUACUGUGGCUUAGGGAUGAAUGCCCGGGCCCAGCUGGUGUCCCUGCAGAAAUAGUCUACGAUUCAAAAUACGCCGCGGACCUCACUCUCGGAGUCACCGAACCCCACGCCAAUCAGGACCUUGCUCAACAAUGUCACCUCCUCUACCGUCAAAUCAGCCGGUCCCGCCCACUCUCGCUUAAAUGGGUCAAAGGGCAUUCAAACACACCGGGCAACGACAAAGCAGAUGACCUGGCCAACAUGGGACGCAGAUUCCUCAUCACUACACACUCCCGCCGCUGGGCCGCCCCGAAACAGAACGCGCUGACCAAAGUAAACGCAGAAACCGAGCUUUGGGAGACCAAGGAACGUCGCAUCAGUCACGAGAAAGUUCAGAAACGCCGAGGUACCUUUUGA